CUUAAGGGACUAGUAUGUACGUCAAACGAUGUAAGAAAGACGUAUAUUUGCGUACAUAUUCAAAAUUAACACUUUCAUAGACGUAUAGUAAAUUUAUGGAACGUAGGUUAUCGGUAAUUAGAUUUUCUUCACAUCUUACGACUUUAACGUCAUUUCCAUUUUAAUUUUAUAGUUACAAUUUCAAAUAAGUGACUACCAUGAUCGAUCAAACAAGAAAUGGAAUAACUGUUUUGUUGGUAAUCGGACUAGCUACCACCGUACAGAGUUUGAAGCAUGAUAAGACAAAAAGCAACACCAAACAUAGGGCUUCAAAUGAGGCGUCCACAGUGGUACAUCGGGAACUGUCUAGUCAUGAGAUUGACCUUCUACACAGCCUUAUCGCGGAUCUAAGACAACAUUUUGAUCAGCACUCGCUUAAUAAGAGAGUCGAACCUUCGACCAAGAGACGCUUUGGAUCGUUGAGAGGGAUAUUGUCCAACGGCGAUUUAAAAGCUAAAACGCAAUAUAAUAAGUUUGAUGAGAAACUUAUCGAGAUGCCAUCCAAAAUUGACGAAUUGGAGUCCAGUUUGCAGAAGGUUCUUGCAAUCCAUCAAAACAACCCGGAAAAGCGUGCACGGCAAUCGGAACCCCAAGUUGCUUUUUAUGCUCAGCUAACUCAAGACCCGGGCCCCAUGGGCUUACACCAGACCGUCGUGUUUGACAACGUGGUUACCAACAUCGGGAACGCCUACAACAAGUUCUCAGGCAUGUUCACGGCACCAGUGAGUGGAACAUACGUCAUCUUCUGGUCAACGUUCAAUCGCGACCGUACACACUUUCCAUCUGAGCUAGUUCACAACGCCAAUGUUGCAGGGCAAGCGUGGUCUGAUGCCUAUGACCAUAACGAUGGUGCGAUGGCUUCAAACCAAGCCGUAUUACAGAUGAAUGCCGGUGAUAUUGCCUACAUUCGCGAGGGGACUUUUCCGCAGUCAGCCAUUUCGCACGGGAAUUCGAUGACUUCAUUUUCUGGGUUGCUUCUUUAUUCAGCGUAAUACGUAUUGUCUGGUUGUGAUGAUAAGUUGAAAAUAUGUAAACCGUACUUAUUCUGCAUAGUUAGUUUGUAUUGUGAUAAAAUUUUGUUCAAACAAGA